AUGCGUCCAGCGACGGCCUGGACAUGUCUGCUCGCUUGCAUCGCGCCCGCAGCCAACGCGGUAUCGCUGGCGGAGCUGGAGAGCAAUGUCGCCUAUAAAUCACCUUCGCUGGAAGUUCGGGCGCUCGAAGUUCCGCUACAUCGUGUCCAUCAGCGUCUUGUCAAGCGCGGCAGCAACUCGUCCUCUUACUACACCGGAAAGGUGUCAUUCCCGCUCGGCAUAGCCUCUGGCGAUCCUUACCAGGAUGGCAUAUUGCUUUGGACUAUGCCACAUGCUCAGUCGACGCAAGCGGCGAUCUGCCUCACCUAUGCAGUCUCAAAGUCCUCCUCGAUGUCAAAACCUGUGGCAACGGGCAAGGCGAGCACGACUCAAGACGUGUCCUACUCGUACAAGGUCAUCGUGUCCGGUUUGCAGCCCUACACGCAAUACUACUACCAAUUCACAAGCUGCGCUGGAGCUAGCAAAGGCAAGAGUCAGGUCGGCCGCUUCAAGACGCUUCCCAGCGAAAAGGUCGAGCAGCCGUUUAGUGUGGCAUUCUUCUCGUGUUCAAACUGGCCAGCAGGCUGGUUCAACUCCUAUGGAGACUUUGCAAAGCGCAACAUUGACUAUUCUGUCCAUCUUGGCGACUACAUCUACGAAUACGCAGCUGGCGACUAUGGCAAUGCUACUGCCAUAGGGAGAGCGAUAGACUCCCCCCUGAACGAGCUCGCUACGCUCAAAGACUACGAGAUGCGGCACAGACAGUACAAGACCGAUCCUGACUCGCAAGCUUUCCAUGCACAUGCUGCUCAUAUUGCAGUCUGGGACGAUCACGAGGUGGCAGACAACUCUUACAAGGCUGGCUCAGCAGAUUCGAACAACACCGUUCAAGGCGAAGUCGGAGGUCUGAAGUUCUCGCAACGCAAGGCCAACGCAGUGACCGCUUACUACCGGUUCAUGCCUAUCCGUCAGGUUUCGACCGACGACAAGCUCAGGAUCUACCGCACUUUCCGCGUAGGCAAGCUGGCAACGCUCGUCAUGCUCGAUACGCGCCAUUACGACCGUGAUCUAACGGAUCUCUACUACAACACCGAUUAUGUCGCUUCCAUCAGUGGCAACCAGAAUAGAUCGAUCAUGGGCACAAAGGAGGAACAUUGGCUCUACAAUCAAUUCAGCCAGAUCGCAAAGAACGGCACGCAAUGGCCACUGAUCGGACAACAAGUCGUCUUUGCCAACGAAUACUAUGACGAGACGGGCUUUGACUUUGAUUACGAUGCAUGGUCGGGCUACAAAGCGAAUGCGCAGAGACUACUCGAUCAUCUCAAGAGCAACAAGCUGCAGAACACCAUCAUACUCAGCGGCGACUCCCAUGCCAACUGGGUCAACGACAUCACACGCAACGACACGGCGUACGACCCUGUAUCUGGCAAGGGCUCGGUAGCUGUCGAGUUUGCAGGCACGGCAGUCUCAUCUCCGUCUUCUUACGGCAAGAACCUGACUUCUGCCGAGUAUACACAACGUGCCAAGAACCUCACUGCAGUGAACCCGUUCCUCAAAUGGGCCGAGGGAGAGAAACGAGGUUACUUCGCGCUCAAUGUCACCAAAGACGUUGUCACGAGUACCUUCUAUGCGAUGAGAUACCAGAACAAGCGAAGCUCAGAGGUCGACAUCAACGCAGUCUUUCACGUUGAUGCUGGCGCGAACAGGAUUCGCAGGCCAGUAGCUGGCAAAAGUGUCACUUAUGGCUCCCUUGGUCAGGGAGGAAGCUGA